AUGGAUAAUGAAAAGGAAAUUUUGAAGAAUGAUGAAAAUGACAUAUGGGAGAAUAUUGAAUCCAAUAGGCAUAUGCUUAGCCGGUACAUAAAUCCUGCAAAGUUAACACCCUACUUACGACAAUGUAAGGUCAUUGAUGAGCAAGAUGAGGAAGAGGUUCUCAACUCUCUAUUAUUCUUAUCCAGGACUACCCGUACAGGGCGACUACUGGAUAUCCUUCACACAAAAGGACAGCGAGGCAAUAUAGUCUUUUUGGAAAGUCUGGAGUUUUACUACCCAGAGCUCUACAAACUGGUAACAGGAAAAGAACCAACAAGAAGAUUUUCUACUAUAGUUGUUGAAGAAGGCCAUGAAGCUCUUACACAGUUCCUGAUGAAUGAGGUCAUCAAACUGCAGCAGCAGUUAAAAACCAAAGAAGUUCAGAAAUGUGAACUUGUAGCUAACUCCAGACAGCUUGAGGAUGAACGGAAACAGCUAAAGCUUGUCAACUUGGAGCUGUUAACAUUUCAGGAGCGUUAUAACAAAAUGAAAGAAGAGCGAAAUAACUGUAAUGAUGAGUUAAUUAAAGUGAAGGAUGAAAAUUAUACAUUAGCAAUGAGGUAUGCUCAACUCAGCGAAGAGAAGAACAUGGCUGUUAUGAGAAGUCGAGAUCUGCAACUUGAGAUUGAUCGACUGAAACACCACUUGAAUAAAAUGGAAGAAGAGUGUAAAUUGGAAAGAAACCAGUCCCUCAAACUGAAAAAUGAUAUAGAGAAUCGUCCAAAGAGGGAACAGAUGAUGGAACUUGAGCGUGAAAAUGAAAUGCUAAAAAUUAAGAUACAAGAUUUUCAAACAAUGAUUCAGGGUGGAAGUCCCAGUUUGCCAGAUUCUGAUAAAGCCAUAGUUGAUAUUCUUGAACAUGAUCGUAAAGAAGCUCUGGAAGAUCGACAUGAAUUAGUGAACAGAAUAUUUAAUCUUCAAGAAGAAAUACGUCAAGCUGAAGAUUUGAGGGACAAGUACCUGGAAGAGAAAGAAGACUUGGAGCUCAAAUGUUCUACACUUUCUAAAGAUUGUGAAAUGUACAAGCACCGCAUGAAUACCGUUAUGGUGCAGUUAGAGGAAGUAGAGAAAGAGCGAGAUCUGGCAUAUCGUUCACGUGAUGAAGCACAGACACAGUAUUCACAAUGUCUGGUAGACAAAGACAAGUACAGAAAACAAAUUCGAGAGCUAGAGGAGAAGAAUGAUGAACUUAGAAUUGAGAUGGUUAAAAAAGAGGCAAGGAUUGUUAAUCUGGAAUGCAAAUUGCGAAGAAUGUCAAAGGAUGGGCUCUUUCUGGACCAGAGUUUACCAAGAAAUCUAAACAUCAUGAUGUCACCAGGUUCAAAGACAAAUGGUCAGGAGGCUGAGGACUCAUCUGAUUCUAUGGGAUCUCCUGAUGAGAAAUAUUUCUUUGGUGUCGCUGAAUCAAAGAAAAGAAGGAGGGUGAACCUAAAAGGCAUUCCCCAAAUUGUACGAACAAAGUCUCCAGUAUUCAACAGGCAAAAUGUAUUUCAAGCUGCUGAAGAUCUGGAGAGCAAAAUAGAAUGCAAUAAUUGUCAAACGGAGGGAGCGUCUCAUAGGUCUGGAUCAUUCAGCAAUACUACUAUCAACAGUUCUGAUAUUCCCAAGGUAUACCAGCUAAAACCUCGAAGUCAAAGCAUAAUGUCCACAACACCAGAGCCCCCUGGAAAUGACUCUAUCAUGAGAAGGAGUAAAGAAGAUGUGCCCACAUUUAGUGCUGCUGAUGAGGACAAUGACAGCAUAGAAUUAGAUGAUGAGUUUCAUGACCGAUACUCAUAUGGACCUCCAUCUAUUCAUUCCUCUUCUUCUUCACACCAGUCAGAAAGUCUGGACAGCUAUGACCUUGAGCAAGUUCAUUCUAUGUUUCGAAAGCUGUCUCUGGAAAGACCCUUUCGCCCAUCUGUAACAUCUAUAGGACCACCCAGGAGCAGCAAUCAUUCUGUACAGCAUGUCACAUUGGAUGGAGACAAUCUUAUGAUGGAAAUCUCAUUAGUCGGAGGAAAUGAAAGAGGCAUUUUUCUUGGUUCUGUUAAACCUGAUUCAGGAGCAGAAAAAGCAGGUCUGAAAGUGGGACAUCAACUUUUAUUGUUAGAUGGAUGCAUCAAAGGAAAAAAACAAUGUGUACCCAUGGAGAGAUGUACCAAAGAAGAAGCUCACUGGGCUAUACAAAGAUGUAAAGGAUUGGUUAUUGUUCAAUAUAAACUAAAUAAUGAAGGAUACAGCAAGCUAACUAAGGAUCUAGAAGAAGGGAAAGUUCGAUCUGGAGACUCCUUUUUUAUUCGUUUAAAUUUAAACAUUUCCAGUCAUCUAGACAGCUGUUCACUUUCUGUAAACUGUGAUGAUAUUGUACAUGUUCUUGACACUAUGCACCAGGGAAGGUAUGAGUGGCUUUGUGCUAGAGUUGAUCCAUUUACUGUACGAAACAUGGACAUUGGAACAAUUCCAAGCUACAGCAGAGCCCAGCAGUUAUUUUUAGUUAAGCUACAGAGAUUAAUGAACAGAAGCAAGGAUGAAUUGGAAGGUACAAGUAACACGCUCAAAGCUAUGAAGAACUCCCUCCAGCCUGAAGAGUCACCACAAACGGAUUCUAAGAGCAGUCCUCGUCUCUCAAGAGCAAGUUUCCUUUUUGGACAAAUAUUUCCGUUUGUCUAUCGAUCUGAGAACAAAUACAAAAGGAUGAACAGUAAUGAACGUCUGCGUGUGGUUUCCUCUAACUCACCAUCCUUAGAAACCAUUAAAUUUUUAUUAGACAGACAAGACGAUUUGGAUCCUGAAAAUGACAUUAAAAAAAACUUUAAUCUCGUGCCCUACAGUUUGGUACACCCUAUCCAAAUUGAAAAAAGGAGACCGGUACUCUUUGCACCAUGCACAAUGGCAAAGCCCAUCAUUCAAAAGCUCAUAAACAGUCCUGGUGCAGUUGAUUUUAACAUGUGUAAGCCAGAAAUUGCAACAAAAGAAGCAUUUCAGAAGAAACAUGAAUGUGAGCUAAUUAUCUACUCCAGAGAGAGGAACGCAAGCACCUAUGAAUGCAUCACAUCUGCUAAUAUUGAAGCUGUUGUUGCUAAGAAUAAACAUUGCUUACUGGAUGUUGGACUGGAAUGUGCGAAAGAAUUAAUCAAGGCUAAAAUUUUCCCCAUCAUCCUCUUCAUCAGGGUUUCUGAGAAAAACUUGAAAAGGUUUAGGAGGGUGCUUUCAAAACAAGAGAAUGAAGAGGAGUUUUUGCGAACAUGUCGGCAGAAGGAGAAGGAACUUGAAGCUCUUCCUUGUCUCUAUGCAACAAUAGAGGCAGAUGCAUGGAACACCACUGAUGAUUUUAUAAGAAUAAUCAAGGAAAAAAUUGCAGAAGAACAGCGUAAAACCAUUUGGAUAGACGAUGAACUUUUUUAA